AUGAAAUCGUUUUUUUUUGUUCCAGAUAUCAACAUCAGCAUUAUGUUUAUCGCUGUAAUACUUACUCUGAUCAGAUCCACCGACUGUGAUAUUGUUGACGGCAAAAACAUUUACCAAAAAGAUAGUACAUUUGUACAAGAGCCGGAGUCACUGCCGGUGCUACAUUUAAAUGAUACCAAAUGCAGAAUAUCAGAGUAUCAGUGUUUUAAUAAACGUUGUAUCCCGAUAAACAGAUUUUGUGAUGGAGGCAACGACUGCGGUGACGCCUCGGAUGAACCUCGUCACUGCACACGUUGCAACAAAACAUACUAUGGAGAUAUCGGUAGAACGUAUGAACUGGAAUUGCAUCGUCCUAGAGAAGAUUUGGUACCAUACGUCUGCUUGCUGACCAUCACUGCUGCCGGAGGUGUUCAUGGAGAUCUUGUUCAGAUAUUAUUCGAUAGUUUCACCUUGGGUCGUUUCACAUCCUUCGUGGACGACGGCUGCCCUGAUGGUUACAUGCAAAUUCAAGAGGCAAGCCGUCCCCAAGUAGGCGGCUCGUGGUGUGGAACUUCCUGGGGCCCCUCAAUUUAUUACAGCGAGACGAAAUCUAUUAUGCUUAUUAUACGCCUAUUACAUUUGUCUAAGGAACAGAAUAAUUAUAACUUUGAUUUCCGUAUGGCAUACAAGGUUUUGAGGAAAGAAUACGCUACUGUUAGAUACGGUGGAACGCCACCUUCAGAAAGACCUUUUUUCAAACUCAGGCCAAUGUUAUAUCCUGUAAACAUAUCACACGGAGAAGAUACGAACGUUGGAAGGACGGCAAAAACUCCAGAGUAUUACCUCGGGGAUUUGAUCUCGGGGACUUAUUGCUCACGCAUCUACAGUGACUGCGAUCGUAAAAACUGUAGAUUACAAUCUCCAAACUUCCCUGGCGUUUAUCCUAGAAAUCUCACUUGUUACUAUGCGGUUAGACAGCACGAAGUGCCUCAAGGAAAACAUGCUUUAAUAGUUGUAAAACAACCGAAUGGCCAGUUAAUUUCCAUAAGGAGUCAAAAGGCAUUGUACGCUCCAUCUCAGAAUGAUAGAGAGGCCAACGGAAGGGAAUUAAAAUUUUGGCAAGAGUGCGAUGAAGUACAGGAUUAUGUGACUGUAUAUGACGGGUACACGACAAGAGAUCCCGUUAUACUGAGGUUUUGCGGUGGUGGAGUGUCGGUUCCUGAAGCGAUAUCAAGUGGUCCUGAGUUGCUAGUCGAGUUUACUACCUCACCUUUUGGAACAUUUCUCCAACCAGCUACAUCGCAAUCUUUACAUGGAUUUCAAUUAGAAGUUGAGGUAAGAUUUGUUGAUCAACAAUCUCCAACGUACGCAAAAAAUAAAAGAGCUUGUGAAUUUUGGAUUCGAGGGACUGGUAGGGGAGUUUUGGAGCAUCCUCAACAUUCACUUCCUCCAAAUACAACAUGUCUUUAUCACAUGCAAGGAAUUGAUACAUCGGGUCCAUCAGGGAGAAAUAUUAUUUACAGACGGCAAUUCUCUGCGCCACGUUUUAGAGUUUGGUUCUCUGUAUUAAAAUUUUAUGUGACAAACGCUAUCAAUCCCAAUUUGCCUGAGGAUGAGUAUUGUGGGAGCCAUUUGAAUAUAUGGGAUGGGCCAAUGAGGAUAUCUCCCGGUUGCAGCGAUAUAUUUUGCGAUAAAGAACGAUCGGUUCAAAUGUCAAGAGCCACUUCUGCCCAGUCCGUGAUAGUUGGACGUCCACCGACAAAUGCCACCCUCAUAGCAAGGUUCUGCCGCGAACGGGCUCCAAGGACUUGUGAACAUGCGUUAUUAAGACGAUCUAGAGCAUGUGCUAGAACAGAAAGUUUCUUGUCUAAAGGGGACUCUUUAACAUUGGAAUUGAAGUUAACACAGGGAACAGCGCUGAAGCCAGUAUUCUUCAAAGCUCUAUACGAGUUUGUAGAUUUACAUCAAGAUGGUGAGCCUUGGGGACGUGGGCCUUGUUCCAGACGUUUUGCUUCAAGGUCUUUCCCUGAAGCUCCACCGGACCCGCCAGUUACAUUCUCCUCGCCCAGAGACGUGUUUUUAUAUGGUCGUGGUGGUGCUAAAAACAUAAGUUGCACUUAUCGCUUCGAAGCCAAUCCGGGUGAGGUAGUGCGUCUUCGAGUGUGGGGCGUCAGGAAUGGUGGGAGGUUGUGCAGGUCCGUACACUCCGCUCACUCUCCAUGGUACAGGUGCGGAGGGAACCCUACAGCUGCUGUACGGAUCUUUGAAAGACCAUGGAAAGAUAAUGGAGCUGGUGUUCCAAGGGACUGCUUGUGCAGCGAUGUACCUGACUAUGAGUUUACAUCCACCUCAUCAGUGGCUGAACUGAAGUUUGAUGUUGUCAACAUGUCCGCUGUUGAUGACUUCAGGUCCUUCGGUUUUGAAGCAUCUGUUGAGUUCGUAAGGUUGACUAGUGUUUGUGAUUCCACUCACCGAGUAUUUGGAGCUAGUGGGGAAUUGAGACUUUCAUACUACCCUCCAAUGUCCGAAGAUGAUCGUUGUGAUUUUCGUCCCUGGCUGAUUGAUCCGGCACCAGGCAGGUACCUUUAUCUCCAAAUCCAAGGCAGCCUGAUUAAGGAACCGGAACUCGAUAACUUCACAUUACAAAAUAACAUAACAGUUGCUCCGGAUUUGAGGCAUUUAUGUCAAACACAGAAUCGUAUUGCAGUCUACGCUGGAGGCCUUUCUCCGAUAUUCAUAUGUCCCAAGCCACCAGUAGAACAGGAAGACGAUGUCGUGGAAGUUUUCUCUGAAGGUUGGACUUCGGACGUUGAUGGUUUGUCGCGACACGUGUUGGCGGCCUCGCCCUCCCUCGACCGGUUCGACUUGGAAUGGCCACGAUCACUAUCUGUUGAACUGAUAGCAGUAGAGACUGGCUCUUAUUACAUCACGUGGUUGGAACUAUCGAGAAGACACCCCAGUCCUCGUGGUGGUGUAUUCGCUCUCUCCGGCGAGUGUACUCACAGAUGUUCGUCUCUGGACGCGUGCAUCGAACCAGCUCUUUGGUGUGACGGAGUGCCUCAGUGUCCGCACGGGGAGGACGAGCGUCUGUCACAGUGCUCCGCCCUCAUGAGGCUGCCUGCGCAUUACGCUGCCGCUCUGCUCGCUCUUACUGUGCUAGCGGUAUUCGCUGUGAUAGCGGUGUUGCGUUCGUGUCGCAGACGGAGAUCGGCUUUCCAACAGCGUCUCAAGAGUUUAUCUUCCGAUACAGCUAUAUUUGAUGAGAAAGAAGUGAUUUGCUGA